GACGCGGCCGGCCGCGUUCCGAUGCGGCCUUGUUACCCCAACGUUUAUGUACCGUAUGCAUGCGUGUCUCACUGCUUUGGGAUGAUAUCGUAACAUCGUACGGUGAUGGAGGGGAGAGAGAAUUCCAGACAUCACAUGGUGUGUUUUACUUCAACGUCUGUUGUGGGAUGAUGUUGGUCUUUGAUCAAUUCAAUUGAGAGAGCUUUAACAAAAACAAGCUAUUUCAUUACGAUUUCACGGGAUCACCAGGGCGAGAGAAGAUGGAUGCAGUCUAUUGGGAUAUCUUCCCCGACGCAGAAGACGCCGAGGACACGGAGAGCCUAGAGGAAGAGGAAGAGGAAGUAUACGAGGACACCAACGCCUGUUCACCAGACAUCAAGGUUCCCUGCGAUAAAUGCAGACGCAAGAAGCGCUCAUCAUGUAAACGAUGCCGCAAGCGGCAGCGACAGCUUCAGCUUCAACACCAGCCAAGUCCUCACACUCAUCCUCGGCGAACGAGGAAAUCGUCCCUCGAAAUCGCAUGCUUUCCAGAUCGCUCAUCAUCCUCUUACUCAUCAUCUUCUUCCAAUUCAUCACAUCUCAUUCAUACCUCACCACCAUCCACCUCGGCACAGGACGCAAUCCCAGAAGUCAUCCUCCAACAACCACCAGACGACAUCCCAGCAGACACAACAACACAGAAAAACACGCUCACCGUUCCCCUCGGAGGUCCGAGUUUUGCAGCGGUGUAUACCAACUCCCCGUCGUGGAUGUCGACGUAUACCUCGUCCACGUGCUCGACGACGUACACCACCAUCCACGAACGUUCCCGCAGAGACGGACUCGGCAGCGGGGAGAAGGACGCUGGGGACGGGUGGUUGGAUGUCAGGAGACGGCGGAGGCCGAGGCCGCCUUAUCCUAGACGUCCGCGGACUGUUGGGCGAUGGGAUCAGGAGGGAAGGUCUUCGAUGACUGCGGUGACGUCGUCGAUGAUGAGGUCUAGAUGGGGUGAGGAGACGGUGGAGGGGUGGGAUGAGGCUGAGAUGGAGAGCGGGAGUUAUUGUGUUGUUGAGGGGGCGCGGUGGGAGGAGCAGAGGUUCAUCACGUCCAGGAGGGCCGCGAAAGCGGUGGGGACGGGUAUGGGGAAGAGUGGUGCGAGGAGGCGGGGAAGGGGGCACUGGAGGGGUGUUGUUGGGUAUGGUGCCAAGAGGAGAGCGAGGGCGGUUUCGUUGGUUGAUCCGCCUGUGCCGAGGAUCAUGUUCGAUCUACUCGCGAUGAGGAUGGGGAUUUCAAAGACGGGAUUGAGGGAGGGAGAGAACAGAGCUUUAUGGGGGUUGCCGUUUGUGGAUGGAAGAGGGCAUUCCCGGGUCGUUUUUACGAUGGCGUAUGUGAGAGGAACGGCACAUGUGAAGGGCCUUUGGGGGUUGUUAAGUGAUAAAUGUGACGACACUGGGGGUUUCUUUGGAUCUGGUCAUGGCGGAGGAUGGAGCGUUGUGUUGAGAUAUCUUGCGGGUAUACUUGGCUUCUAUAGGCGUGAAGGUCAAGAUGAUGUGGAUUAGAAUGGUCAUAUGGCAGCGACUUUGGCUCAGCAUCAUCGAUACAUUCAUCAAAAGGUUGCUGGUCACCAUUGUCUGAGAACUCGCGUAUUUCUCGAUCGAAAAUCUG